CUUUUCCCCUUGUGAAAAUGCUGUGUUGGUGCUGAUUCUUAAUGGACAACGAGCCCACUCGGUAGGUUUACUCCGGAUCCGCGGAUGGACCCUGAAUCAGGGUCUCUGCACAGUCCAGACCCAAUCGCGUAGUGAUCUACAAGGGUUCUGGGGCAAUCUUCGCUCUAAAGGUAACUUAGCAAGCGCCUCCGAGGGGUAUUAGUACCGCCUCGAUCCCUAACUUCUCCCUUCAGUCUCAAGAUCGGAUUUUCCCCUUCUCAACUGCCUCCUUUCAAAUCACAGUUCCACCAUGAAGCAUCGGCAGCAGACACUCUCCAAAACGGCAAAGCCAAUUCGGCGUCGAAGAGAUCGUGCUCAUCAUCCUUGUCCCGUUGAUCUCCCGGAAUCUAGCCUUUUCCCGCCCCGACGAUGUUCCUCCUUUGCGCGGACAAAAUCGCCACGACACGUGAGCACUCUCUCUCUACGCGUCUUUGUUGACCCGUUGCCGGUAACAGAGACUAACCUCUUCCAGAUCCGACCCAGCAUCCAGGACGUUCAGCGGAAUGGUUUACCUCUCUGUGAGGUCGCUUUGUUUCAAAAUGCAGCUAUUCCGAGUCCUUUGGCUGCGAAGCCAGAGAGAGAUAAUCUCCAAUUGAAGGUUGCUUCACACACCUCAUCUCUCAGAUCACCCGCCGCGUCAGCCCGUUCAAUCAAGUCAAGGUCUACUAGAGCCAGUCUCAAGGAUACCUAUGAAGCCCGCACGUGGCGUAACAGGCUGAGGCGACAUUCCAAGUCACCAAGAUCACAUGAGCCAACUCCAUGCUGCACAUCAUGCUUCAUCAAAGAGACGCCCAUGUGGCGCGAAGGUCCUUUUGGCUCACAUACUCUCUGCAACGUAUGUGGUCUUCUCUUCGCCAAACGCGAAGCUCGCCGCCGAACAUUUCGUCUUCAAAGAGGCAUUGCCUGAAUGUCGCAAUUUUCUUAAAUCGUUGAUCCGUGUUCAUGUUCCCGCCAUGCAUGAGCAUGCACCUAAUACGGCUUCUGAUAUUUUUUCCUCAUUUUGAUACUUUUAGUGUUUCGUUUUCUUGGACUUGAUCUCGACGUUAUACAUACCAGCGGGAUCUGUGAGUGAUGAGGCAUGGUUUCUAUACCCCGGCGCAGGAUUGGGAAGGCAUUUUGUGAGACUCGGCUGGCUACUGAAGUUUUGUGUCAAAAUGGCGUUCUCGGUUAUUUGUUAAUGUUGGAUUUAGCGCAGAUACCUCAGUCACAGUUAUGAAAUGGAAUUAAACCUUUUUUCGUAUAUCUAUAAUUAACUUGGAUCAUAUGAAUGGUGGUCGGAAAACUGUAUCCUACUUAACACUCGUGGAAAUACGUCUAUCUCUCC